CACAUUCCAUUCGGGGAGGCAAAAUGCUGCUAAAAUCUACACAAUGCUCCUUUAGGUGGCUUUGUUAGGCAAGAUAAGGUUUGAUUAAAUCAUGCAUCCAAAAAGAGAUCUAAAUUUAUGAGUGGUCUGCCUGAUAAACUUAUCUGGUGAUUAAAUAAACAUGGUUUUUGGCUAUGAAGAUGAUGCUGUAUUGUUUUGGUCUUUAGUCAUUGUCUUUGUUGUAUGUUGUGAUGUGGUUGCUAAAUUUUUUAAGGGCAAACAAAGAAGUGAGUGUAUCAGAAUUUAAAGUGUUGGACAUCUUUUGGGCAACUGUGUUAACUGAUCUUGGUUGCUUUUGUGCCUCCCAUUAACAGACAGGUGUACUAUGUACCUGUAGGCACUUUGAAACCUCACACCAUGGAAGUCUACCUUCAGUUCAGAUCAACGCCAGGUGCUGUAUUCAUUUGGACACUUCUGCAGAGGUGGGAGCUGUACUGCUAAAUCACAUGUAUUUCAAGUUGUUCUUUGGGCUGCAUACUGCCACAUCAGAGUAGAAAAACUCCCUUGAUGUGAUGCAGUUUCAUCUGAACCCUCCGGGGAUUUGGAUCGACAUCUUCUGAAGGUUAAAGUUUUGACUGUGUUGCAUGCUAGAUGACUUACCUUUCACCAUCUGAUGUCUGUGCCUCUCUGCUCUCCACUGGCUGUCACUUCCUGUUACUGCUGCUCCGAUGGGUGGAGGGCCGUUGUCCUCAGGCGGAGGUGCUGCUGGCAGCUGCGCUCAGACAGAGGAGAGAAGCGGCAUGCUGCUGUUAAAGCCUUGUGAUUGGUGGAGUAAGAAACAAAAGAAUAAAUCACACAAAAGAAGAAUUGUGUGAAGUGUGAUGGAGAGAUAAAAAAUGAUAAAAGAAAACUAUUAUAAACAUAUAAAAGAUAAAAAUAGAUUUACAUUAAUGCAAGUUGUGAUGUUUAAGCUGCCUUUAUGGUUUAUAAACUCAGAAAAUCAAUCCUAUUGAUGCUACAUUUGUGAAAUUUAAUAUAAAAACAUGCAUUUCUUAAUUUAAAUUGAAUAAAUUUAUGUACUAUUUAUACCAAAAGAGGAAUAAAUGGGUGAGAAUUUGUAUAUCCAAAAGCUCCUUGGUGUAUUUUUCCACCUGGCCUCAGUGACAUCAGCUAUAAGAACACCUGCGCCUCAGCCUCUCUGCCUUAGUCUUUAGCACCCCCAAGUGUCCAUGUAAGACCAAGACUCUAAAAUGGUACAAAAGUGCUGUUGAUGUUGAUGGCCCCAGUCUUCACAACAGGUGGUGCUGUUGUAAAUAUGAAACUGAUUCUGCUAUCAUGUUGUUUUGAGAAUUGGACAUCUGUCUUGAUGACAUAAAUACUUUUACUGGAUGAAAAAUGAGUUAACAUUUUUAACUAUAAUAUAUUUGAUGUUAUAGUUCAGGUAUCAACAGACCACAAUUAAAGCUCAAUGAUUUUUUUGUGUUCUUUUUUGUUAUAAGAAAUGUAUUUAUCUAUACUCAUGGUUAGUAAACUAUUUCCCACCUAAUAAACCUUUAAAAACUUUGAAAUCUUGUCAUGUUCUACAUGGUUGCAGUAGAAGCAAGAAAUUACAAGGUUUGCUAUUAACGUUAUUAACACUUAUUGGUCAAAAAACAGGAUUGUCACCAUUUCAAUGAAAAAGCAUAGUCAUUUGAUCUGCUACAAUUAUACUUACUAGGAAGAAACAUCCUGUCCUGGCCUGUUGAAAUGAGACGAGAGGGAUCUGAUCAAACCUCAGGGCAAACCGGCUACACCAAGCUCUGAAAAACAAAUAUGUUUGCAUUUUUAUUUUAUUUUUUUGUGUAUCUGACAGUAAACAUUUGAUAUAAAGAGGAGAAAAUAGAAAAUAGAGACAAAAGUCAUGGCUUUGUUGAAGGUCAUACUGAGUCUUUUAAGGAUUUCCAUUGCAUUGUUAGAUAAAUGGAUUCCCAUUCAAAGAUUUUAUGAAAGGACAGAAUGUGUAUAUAUAAAAUGAUAAUUUUGGUCGAAGAUAGCAUGCUAAAUGCACGUUUAGUGCAGAUCAGGAAUUUUUUUUAAAUUAAAGUUAUCAACAGUCUGAGUCAUAUUUGGAGAACACAAGACUGAGGGAGAGCUUUUUUAAAUUUUCUGUCAUGUAUUUCAAUACAUAUUUAACUUAAUUUAUCAUUUUGAAUUAUUUUUUGUAAAAUUAUUGUUAACCAAAUGUUUGUUGAAGUGAUCUGAGCUCAAUUUCGAAAAGUUUGGAUAUCAAAAAAAUUAAUUGACAGUGAAUGCAUCACAUCACAUGGUCACGUGACAAAGACACCAACCGCCUGCAGCCGGUUCGUCCUGGAGGUGAAAAAACUUCUCUGAGAAAAAGACCUAAAAAUGGACAGAGAGGACAGCCCCAGCGCCAUAACUUGCAAGUUUUGUGGGGAAGCAUUCACUCUGACAGGUAGGAUGUAGCUCCUCAUGUUGUAGCGCCCCUCUGUGUUGAAGACUCGCGAAGUCCACUAAAAUGGCGAGCGGACCGAAGUUGGCUAGGUAGCAACCACGUGUUGGUGGCAGGCUAGCUGCACUUAGCUAAUGUUAUAGACAGGUGUGAUUUGUACCUGGCUGUUAGACAUUUCUAAAUCAAUAUUAAAAACUACCACCCGAAUAUUUUCUAACUUUUCUUAAGAUGUUUGUUUCUAAUCACAAAUGUGGCAAAAUCAAGGUCAAAUGUCGGUCAAGUCAGUCAUUGAAUGUAGGGGUUUUUUGCGUGUGAUAUCCAGCUGUUUUCUGUCCCACCUUGUAGCGCCGAGGUCGAAAAGUGUCUUUUAAGUACCAGAAAGUUUCUGCGAUUUGCCCAAGAACAGUGACAUGUCACCGGCCAACAUUAAAUUAGUUUGUCCCUCUCCUUGGGUCCACGUGGCGUCCUUUCCUCGCGUCCUAGCUCCUCCCCUUGAGGAAUUGAAAGAGAGAGCAAGGAAGAGACAUGAGGACAGAGGAAGCAUAUUUGUCAAAUGAUCAGACCAGAGCCGGCCCAAGCCUCAAUGGGGCCCUUAGCAAAAUUUGAGUUUAGGGCCCUUUAUUUCUGCCAAUAAUAUUGAUUAUUGAUCAUUCACACACCUUCACAAAUCUCUCUAACAUUCCAUGACAUGCAAACAAACCUUUAUCUUGGCAUUUUUUUCUCUUCUUCCUCUUUCUUUUCUCUGUUCCUGGAGGACGUGUCCUUCUUUGUGACAUUGUUUUGCCCUACAACUACCUGCAUCACACAUACAUGCAAAAAAAUAAAAUAUUUCAAAUAUAUAUAUUAGUGCUGGACGAUAAUUCGAUAACAAUAUAUAUCGAUCGAUAGACGUGUGGUGCGAUAGAAAAAAAACGGGUCGAUAAAAAGUUCGAUAGAAAAACACAGUUUCCCUUUCUUUUUCAUCAUAGCCUAUCAUGUAGCUUUUACUACAGUCAUUACUUCCUCCCAACCAAUCACAAACGCAGACCCAGGUACGCUACAGCACCAAGCCCAGUCCCUAUCAAACCACAACAGACAGCACGUGUAUUAGAAAAAAUGAUACAGCAAGGAGAAGCGGAGGACAUUGUCCCGAAAAAAGGUUUCAGUAGUUCACCAGCAUGGCAAUGUUUUGGUUUUUAGAAGUCUGACAAAAAGCGAACAGCGGUCGUUUGCAAAAUUUGCAGAGAAUUAGUAAAAACAAAGUCUGGUAACACAACCAACUUGUUUUACCAUCUAAACCGAUCGCACCCGCAGGAGUACGAGCUGUGUCGGCCGCGCCGUGGCUCCACGUCAUCGUCGGAGGAAUCCUCUGGAACUGCUGCCAGCACCAGCACAAAGCAUGUGAAGCAGACCAAACUGGACUUCGUUUCUUGCCAAAAUACGACAAAGCGUCCGAGCGGCAUAAGGACAUCACCCAUGCAGCAACAUGCUCCAUAGCGAGGGACAUACUGCCAAUAACUACCGUUGAAAAGCCUGGCUUCGACCAGCUUCUAGCCACUCUUGACCCGCGAUAUGAAGUGCCCGGCCGCAAGUAUUUCUCAAACACAGCGCUUCAGGCAUGAAAAUGGGUCAGGGGUUGAAAAGGUGAGAAGGGUGCGGAGGAAAUACGUUCCGGUGUAGCUUCUUAAAGUGGAAGAAAAUGAGCUCAUAUUUUACAAAGACGCGAGUAUUUGGAUCAUGGCUACUAGCAGGGGGUGCAUUCGGCAGGGGUGCAUUCUACGACACAACACCGGCGUGGAUAAGUCCUGCUUCUCGUGCUUAGUUUGUGUAUUAAGUCAAUCACAUGAUAAUUAAAAAAAAUAAAUCUCCCGACCCCGGGAGAAAUAUUUCAGUGUUCAGACACCAGGCUGUGGGCAGUUUCCCACACAGUUAAAACUGGUAGUAUGCUAUUCCCACCUAAAGCUAUUCUGUUUAUUUAUAUAUUUGUUUGUUUUCAUCAAAAGACUAUUUAAAUAUUUAUUUAUCAAAUUUUUUGGUCACUUUAGUCUUUAUGUUUGUCAGUAUUUACUGACGUCACUCAGGCCACUUAAGUUGAUUCCUUUUUUUUUUUAGUUCUUUUUUAAAAAACUUUCAGUUGUGGUAAAAUAAAAAAGGUGGUUGAAUAAAGGUUUGAAUUUGAAUUCAGUGCUUGUGUGUUCUUUAUUAAAAGUAGGUCAUUAAGCAAUAGCAUAAAACAUCCAGGGCUGCAAUUAAAAUAUAUGUUAAAUAAUUAUAACAAUUAUAUCGAUUAUUAUCGAUAUCGAUCAAUAUGAUUUAUUUUUUAUCGAUAUGCUUUUUUUCUAUAUCGUCCAGGCCUAAUAUAUAUAUAUUUGGAUUGCUUUUGGGGGCCCCUACUAAGGGCCCUAAGCUGGCGCUUAGUUCGCUUAUGCCUUGGGCUGGCUCUAGAUCUGACUUUAGAUCACAGUUGACUGAAUUUUAUUACAAAAGAUGAAAUGAUUUCAAAAUCAAAAAGUACUUGUGUUUUGCCUUUGACAAAAUGUUUUUUUUCUUUCAGAGGAUGGAGUUGAAGGCAAUCCCCCUCGUAUGCUUUUAUGUGGCCACAACUACUGCGCAUCUUGUCUUCAGUCCAUGCAAAGUGACGACACUAUCAGAUGCCCGGAGUGCAAUGUAAAAUCAUCAGCAGUAAACUCAUCAAAUCUAGCUCUGACACUUGAUGAAUAAUGUAUUUUGGUGCACUGAUCACAUAAUUUAGACUUUGCAUUAACUGCAAACUUGUUCCUUUUGAGGCAGUUACCAGCCUGCCACUUUUUCAUCUUGCUGUCCCGUCAAUCAAUCAAUCAGUCCAUCCUUUUUUAUGUAUUAAUAUAGUGCCCAUUCCCAACAUCCAAAAGAUUAUCGAGACAAAAAAGCUGGUCUAGACCAGACUCUAUUUACAAAGACCCAUUGAAAUGAUAGGAUAAGUUUGAUCCCAGUCUUGUAAGAUUAGACCCACUUCCAUCUUUAACCACAGGAGUGUAGUACUUUGUAGCAUUUAGCAAGUUGCAACAGAGGAAAAACUUCCUUUAACAGGCAGAAACCUUGGGCAGAACCAGAGUUAUGUAGGAUAGUCAUCUGCCGCUGCUGCAUUGAGUUUGGAGAGGGGAUAGAGGAAGAUGCAGAAAUCAGUUGUAUCUUCACUUUUUAAAGAGCAAUAAUUCAGUUAAGGUCUGGGGUUAAUUUGAAUACAACUGAGUUAAGUUGUUUUAGUUAAAUAAAGUAGAUCAAUAAACAAGAUGCACCAUUUCAAGUAGGAUGUAUGCCACUUCAACCAAUCAGACCAGGUUUCUAAUAAUCUACAAAGCCCAAACUGUUUCGCCACCUGUCAAUCUUCUGCUUUAAAAUUCUAAAUGCAUUUAGUCGAAGUUAUCGGACAGAAAUAAACAAUAAAAUCUCACUGCAGGUCGAAUCGACCCUUCCUGAAGGAGGGGUGAGUGCCCUUAAGGAAGAUGACCGAAUCAUUGGCCUCAUUUACAUUGCCAAAAUUAACAAGAUGAAAAGGUAAGUCUUACCUUCAAAUGUGAAGCUGACUCACACAAAAGCCUUUUAAAGGGUUAUUCCGGUGUAAAAUUAAUUUUGGGUCAAACACACUGUAACAUCGAUUUGGACACUGCCUUGAGAGAUGAAUGUUGCCGACUGCUUGCUUCUGUAGUUAUACCAACUUUAGUAACGACAGCGCGGUAGCAAUACACAGCGGUCUGAGGAGCCAUAAACAUUUGGUUGAGGUUUGUUUAUGGCUUCUGCGGUCGUUACUAAAGUUGGUAUAACUAGACAAGCAAGCGGUCGGCAACAUUCAUCUCUCAAGACGGUGUCUAACUCGGUGUUACAGUGUGUUUGACCCUGAAUUAAGUUUACGCCGGAAUAUCCCUUUAAACAACUGUUGCCAUCUUUUUGUGUAAUUAAAUGAUAGAUUUAUGAAUAAGAACUUGUUUUUACUCCGAUCAUUAUUUAUGUUUCAAAAUCCUUUGAAGGUUACGCUGUGAAAAAUCAAAGAAUCGUGGAUGGAACACACAGCAGUCUCCAGACAAGAAUGCUGACAUUGAGGAUGUUGAGCAGCAGGUUUGUGUGUGGGAUCAAAAAUGGUGGAGGUCGGGGGAGAAGUUGUCAUUUCAGCCCCAAACCUCAGUUGUAAACGUCUUGUCUUGAGCUGUUACUGAAGCUUAGGUUUUACUUUGGGCAUCUGUAUUGCCCCUUGUGGCAGCAUUUAUUUGUCUUCUGAUUCUGUUAUUCAGCCAGCAGAUAUUGAGACGACUAAUAAGGCAGUGGAUGAGGCUUUGGUCCAGGCUGCAGAAAAUCUUGAUGUCCUGAAACAGAUCCGCGAGGUGAAAUUCCCAAUGUGGCACACACCUUUUAAAACAUGACUCUUGACUUUUUUAUUUCCUGAAAGGCAAACACAAUCAGUUUCUUAUCUCAGAAAUAAAGAUGAGAAGACUUUGAGAGUUCUCUGUGUAAGUGUUUUGUCUGUGCAGACUCUGAAGAAAGGUCUGGCAGAGCAAAUCAAAACUGACCAAGCUUGGCUGGAUAUGGACAUCAAGCAAGCGGCAGAGAAGGCUUUCCAUGCCGUACAAAAGUGGUAUGAUUCUACGUUCAAGUUUAGUCCAGCGACCGUAGGUCUGUUGUAAGAUUUUUCUUCAAAUGUUCAGAGUAACAGUCAUCUUAACGCCUUUCUUCCCUUUGUCAACAGGAAGGAUGUGCAGCUGGGUCAGCUGACAAAACUUGAGGAACAGUUCUCUACCAGCAGAGCGGAGCUGGGACGUGUCCAGGAGAGAAUACAGUCUUUGGCGAUUGCCAUUCAGAUGGCCAAAGAAGUGCGCAGAAUCCCCUCCCUGAAGCAGUACUGCACCCUGGAUAAGGUAUGAAAUGAUCGGCUUUUAGAUAUCUAUACAAGAACUUCUCCGGAUCCUCUGAAACCACCACUUAGAAAUGAACUCGCAGCUGUGUUGUGCUGCUGCUGUUCCAUUUAUAAUCCUACAUUUUCCCGUGAAAUGAAACAUGUCCGUGGAUACUCAGUGAUGCUAACCCUGUGUGCUUGUGUGUGCUAGGUGCUGGAGACAUUGCAGACUCCUGUAGACAAACAGUCUUUUGAUAUGGAAUGCAUUACCAUGGGCUCUGGACUGAGGUUUGUAACUUUUACCCUGCUUUUUUUUUUUCUUUUGUUGUCACUUUAAACAUUGCACGAUAUCAGCAAAGUGGUGGUACUUCAAUUAAAUUUUAUACAAUUCAAAUUACUUUAAAUUUAUGUGUUGUUGUUUUUUUAAGCUGUGUGUUUCAGUCAGAGGGUCUAAACCAGAGCCUGGCGUUGUCUCUGAAGAUGGAAACUAGAACCCCAAGACCGUAAGUCCUCAGACACUCUUGAUUUGUCAUUGUGAAUAAUUUGAAUAGAUUUACGUCAUUAUUAGCAAUUUGAUCCAUGUAUGAAAUGCCGAAGUUUAAACCUAGGCAAGAAAUGUAUCUACUGGCAUCUACAAUCGACGGGAAGAGAAAAAGGAGUGCACACUUGCAAAUCGAAAGAAGCAACAUCCUCAGUUUCCAUCUAUCUUCUGAAAAUUUCAUUUUUUUUGUUCUCCCUUGAAGCUUGUCGAAGUUUCCACCACAAGGACAUCAGCAGGGGAACUCCUCCAGACGGUCCCAUUUGCAGCAUGCAGAGGGCUGGAACAACUACAGCUUCCCACCACGCUACAACAAGUCCCCCAGCCCACACAGACGGGACAAAGGGAGUCAGAGACCCACCUCACCGCGAGCUUCCUCUCCAAGCCCCAGAUUUCGCCACAAAGCCGACCUCUCCCAAUCAGACAUCAGAACUCCAGACGUAAAAAUUGAAGAGAUUUUACAAGAGGGGGAAGCACAAGGUGUGUGUGUAGCUUUCAUGCAAUGGGGUAUGACUUUGGUAAUUUUUCAUAUGAGGUGACAGAAAGGCAUGAAUCUAAUUUUGUGAACUGCUUUGUUUUUUUUCAAAGGCCCCCCACCCACUGGGCCUGAACUGGCUAAAGACAAAUGGAGAGUCCAAAGGAGGUGGAGACAUCAGAUGCUUGGCAACAGGAGAAAUGGUAUGAAGAUAUAUGGAACUAUUUCUCCUUGUUAUGGAAGCACAGGGCUACAAAAACCUCAUAGAUAUCUGAUUAUGUGUUGUUACCCCAAAGACAUAUGUUCAUUAGUCCUCCUCCUCCUUCUCUCAUGCCCACUUUGUGAUCAAAACUUUGCUCUCCUUGGACUCUUGCUAUUUUCCCUCCCUAGUUUCUCCUUCUUCUGUCCAUCUUCUAACUUUCAUCAUCUUCUCUCUCUUUUAUUUAUUCAAAAUGGAAACCCUCACUAAAUGAUUUUCAAUUUUUCCGCUCCAUGUGUCACUCUUUUUUUUUUUAACAGGACUUCUCAGCAAAUACAGUGGGAGAAUCUUACGUAAAUGAAAAGAGGUCUUUAUUUUUUGUCCCAAAUAAAUCGAACCCUUGGUUUUUCACCGUGUCUUAAAAUCUCCACUCGCACCUGAAGUUGCAAAAGUGUAGUAAUGUGGGUCCUGCUCACUAUUCUGGCAAAAUAGCUGCACAGCGCCCCACUGGAGUCUGGACGAGGUUACUUCCACCAGAUGUAGUUUGCUUUUUCUUCAGACCCUUUUUUGUUGUUUUUUUCUUCUUUUUGUCAAGUACAAGUCUUCUGUCAGAUUAUCUCACGUUACAUUUCCUCCCCUCCUCUCUUAUUCUCUAUGCAUUUUUGUACUAGUCACCCCAUGGGUGGUGGUAACCCACAUCGUGAAUCCAGCUCACUUCUACAUCCAAUAUGUCUCAGAGAAGAGGGACAGAGAGCUUCUCUCUAGGAGGAUCAACUAUUACUGCAGCAGUGGAAGUUGUCACUUCACUUCCAGUGACACGGUGGAGACUGGUACGUCUGCUUGUUUAUUUUAAAAAUGAAAUGACUGAAGUUUAUAGAACAAACUUACACUGAUUCAGUUUAGUGUAACAUCUAUUGGAGGCCACAUUCAUGAUUGCUUGCCGUUGUAGAUACAAACAAUGAUAGUAAUUUUACUUACAUUGUACCUUUUAAAAACAAGGGUUUUCAAUGAUUCACUGAGUUAUAAAAUCAGUUCUAUUUUAAAAAAAAGUCACAAUAAUGGAUUAACACGUCAUUUAUUUCUACCACUUUAUGUUAAAAUUUGUGGUUUUUCUGGUUUUCCGCCAAAUAACAUUAAGAUGAGUCACUGAGCGGUGAGUGAAACACUUCAUAUGCCACUUUUUUUCUCUCUGCUCCUCUACAGGCGCCGUCAUCUUGGUCAAGCAGGAAGAAGGGCUCUGGUGUCGGGGUCAGGUGGUGGAGGUCUCACAGAGCGGGUGUGCCGAGACUGUAAAAGCCUGCCUCGUCACUCAGCUGUCCAGUACCAGAGUCUUCCUCAUUGACUCUGGCCCCACCAAAAACUUUGCAAUACAGAGGUGCUCACAGUUUGUUUGUAGUUGAUAUCUGCUUCACUGUUGAAGGUCCAUACUACUGCAGUACACUCGUUCACUUUAACCAUAUUGUAUGUCCUAAUUUAUAGAAAGACUGUGAAACGUCCUCCUCUCUUCUCUGUCACUUUUUUAGUGAAGGAAGUGACCCCGAGUUAUCGCUGAAGGCUGUAAACAACCACCUGAGGAAGAUGUGUGAAUCUUUGCACGUAGAGCUGAGUGGCUUUGCUCCUCAAGCCAUCAGGUGUUCCCUCAAAGACCUGGUCCCGUACGAUCUGGUAAGACCACAGAAAUUUGAGCGUGCACAGUCCUUGUACCUGAAAACUUGACCCUCAGCGUCUAACACUGCAAGUUUGUGUGUUUUCAGACAAAAGGCUGGAGUCAAAAAGCUCAGGUUGAAUUUUGCAGCAUUGUCGGAAAUGCAGCGGUGGAAAUGCAGCCUCUGGGCCAGGACAAAGACUCUUUGUUCGUGGAGCUGAGGAAAGCUUCCAUGCACCAGUCCAGUAAUGUGCCCACCUGUAUCAGAGAGUACCUGGUUUUUAUUGAAGUGGCCAGGUAAACACCAUCCUCUGGGAGUUACGCUACAAUCACUGUACCUUAGAAGCUGGACGUCAGAACAGUUGUCUAGCCAUUUGCCUUUAUUGUUGAAUUACACAAUACAAGACUAAGCUGUUAAAAGUACAGCUUUUACUACAAAGUGUCGCCAUCUUGGAUCUUAAACUGUGGGUGACUGAGGGUUUCCAAGCUAGAUUUUAGACUUCUGGGGAGACUCAGGAUGACAUGUCAAACUUGUAUCUGAGAGAAUAAACCUGAGUAGCAAGUUCUUUGUUUUACAGAUGUAAUCAGAUGAUGAGAAGAAUUGAAUUAAACUCGUCCUACUCUGUGGAUAUGAAACCCCACCAAUAAAAUAGUCCUUGAUUUGUGGCUCUAAUCCUCCAAAAUCUCUCCUAGAUAUUACUCUCCAGUGUCUCUGGGCAGGAAGCCUCUGUCCUACUACCCUCCUGUCUAUCCCAAGGUGAACACAGAGGUCGAUGCUGUGGUGUCUCACAUAAACAGCCCAUCAGACUUCUACAUCCAGCUGGUAAAUAUUCACAAUUAGAAAGAUGCACAUUAUAUUCAAUUUGCUCAAAGGAGGCUCACAGCUUUCUGUUGAAUUGAAAGAAAAAGAGAAAAAGUGGGAACCUUAACGGUUAGCAUCUCUACUAAGGCUGCACGAUAUUGGAAAAAAAUAAUAUUGCGAUUUUUUCAACCCUGCGAUAUAUAUUGCGAUAUUAAAAAUACAGUAUUUUCACCAGAUGACCUGAAUAGCACUUAAUGUUAUGCUGCACUGCUGAAAUCUUGAGGACAGUUAAUCUGCUCUGAUCUUACCUCUUUUUGUGAAUGUUAGUAGAACGGCUUCUGUCUGUCUCAGAGAUAUUUUUAGCUUUUAUUGUGCUGGGACGUUAUUGUGGCAACAGGUGAACACAGAAGACGUGUUUUGGUCGACAUCAUCCUUCUUUUAACCGAAAUAAUUCCAGAUAACUGACUUUCCUUUUCUUUUUGGCAACAAAUCUUCAUUUUCGGUGGUUUUCGCUUGUUCGUUGUUCAUUUUGCGAUCGUUGUUGUUGUUGUUAGCGGUGUUGUGCCGAGAAACGCAUGUCCUCCGAGAAUUGCAUGCACCUCGCAAAACGCGCACUGCUUAUAGUAGAGUGGUCCACGGAAAUGUACAAUUUAAAACCCAUACAGUUCUUAUUUGUUGGGCUUAACAGUCAUGAGUAAAGUUCCGAAAGUAAUUCUCAGCGGACACACGUCUCCCUCCAUGUGCAGAACAUGUGCAGGGGUGGGUUUUCUCCUCCCUGAUUUUGAUUGACAGCUGGCUGGGUAGUCUGAUUGGCAACUGAGAAGUGAGUCUGAUUGGCAACUCAGUUAAGGACGAAGGCGAUUGGUGGAUCGCUGCACAGCACAUGCAGAGUCACAUGGAGUGUAUCUCAGUCGGUUACCCUUGAAAUUAAAUGCGUUCAUUCGCCUCCAAUAUCGCAGGCUCUGCGAUGUGACUAUCGCACACACGUACAUCGCGAUGACGAUAGUCAAACGAUAUAUCGUUCAGGCCUAAUCUCUACAAGCUUUCAGAAGGGGAAUUUUGUAAAUCUCUGUCUCUGUAUUUCUCUCUGUAGUUAGUUCCUGUUUCAUUGUUUGAAAUUUUAUUCUUGUCCUUUUCCUAUCAUUCCCACACACCUAAACUUACCCACUCCCACUAAGGUUGACAGCAUGGAGUUCAUGUUGCUUCAAGCCAAGCUCCAAGAGUGUUACAACGCAACAUCAGCGGCUGAAGAGGACCUCAAAGUCUACUGCCCUGUGAUUGAACAGGCGUAUGUCGCCCUGUUUGAGGACAAACAGUGGUACAGAGCUCAGGUCAUAGGUGAGUGUGUGUGUCUGUGUGUGUGUCAUCGUUAGGAGUUUUAUUAUGAAGGGAAUACUUUAGUAAUCAAGUAAUGUACUAGAGAUUCAAAAAGAGCAUGCUCAAAUGAGGUGUUUAACUCCUGUCGUCCUCCACUAAACAGUAUUUCUUGGAGUUACUUCUCACAGAUCUUGCUUAAGAACAAUAAUGAUAAUUGAAUUUCCCUUAGGGGAUAAAAUAAAAUAAAGUUAUUCUUAAGUUGAGCUUGUAUUUCUGUGUUACAGUAUCAGUCAUUUGUAUGAGUAGUACUUCAAAUAAAUAAGCUGACAGUAAAGAACUCAUGUGUCUAUGCGUUAUGUAGGUCAUCUGGGAGAAAGAAAAGUGGAGGUGCGGUAUGUUGACUUUGGCAAUAAGAAAAUCUUGCCUGUCUGCGACUUGAGGAAGAUUAAAGAUGAGUUCUUUGCGCUGCCCGCCUUGGUGAGAAAACAAUAAUAGAUCACAGAUAUUAAUUCCUUAAAUACAAUUUCAAAUGUGCUGCUCUGUUAUCACAAACUUAGUAUUUCCUUGGAUGAAAAUUAAAACAAGUAUGGACCAUUCACAUUUACUUUUAGUGUUUUUACAUUCAGAAUGGGUUGAAAAUUAGUAAAUGUCUCUUCUAAUGUCCAGGCGAUCCCCUGCUACCUGCCAGACGUGACCCCUGUGGAUGGAGAGACCUGGAGUGAAGCCUGCAUCAGCAGAUUCAUCAGCCUGGCUCAUCAGAAACUCAUCACCAUUAUGGCUUUAGGUAGUGUUUACAUGUGCCACCCUGUAAUCCGAGCGUGUGCUUUUAUUAUUGAUCAAAAUCACCACUCUAUCUGAAAUCUGUUCCCUGUGUUUUUUUAUUUUUCCUGAAAUCCUGCAGCAUCCGUCCCAAACGACAAGCCCUUGCCUGUCAAACUGUUUCAGAGCAGCUUGGACGGGCCAGUGGCAAAUAUAUCCCAGUUUCUGGUCAAAGAGCAGCUGGCCUGCUUCAAAGAAAAGUGAGACUUUAACAACAGCAAAAACAGACAUUAAUUUAAAGAGAAUUCAGAACAGCUUGUUACCCUUUGUUUUCGUGUAUAUUUGCACAGAUCUGAUAUUGUUGUAUUGCUGCAUUCCGAUGUAAGAAGUUCAAAAGGGAGGGCUGUUAGUGAGAAGUAGUAAUUAAAAAAGAAAGAGAGUUUGAUUUAUCGUCUAAUCUGGAGAUAUAUGUCUGGGUUUGUAAUAAUUAUUAAUCUUUAUUCCUUCAAUUAUCUUUCCUCUUAAAUUGUUUUAGUUCCUCUUCUGCUGCCCCCCGACCAAAGUCCAAGGAUGAGCCUGACGUUUGGGACCCUCCACUGGACCUUGAUUCAGUCACAGAGGGGGUCGAUGUCCAGGACCAAAAACCCGACAGUGAGCAGGAUAAAGAGCAGCAGGAGUUUCAGCCUGGGCUGAAGGUACCCGCACAACUCAAAGACAUAAAAGUGCGAGUCAGCCACGUAAACUCACCGAGCAGCCUCUAUGUCCAGCUGACCCAGAAUGACUCUCAGCUGAUAAGGUCAGUGGUCAAAUAAUGAUUUAUAAAUCCUAAAAGUACUUUUUGUAAUUGUUUAAAUUAAAAAUCUGAGAAUUUUGAGUAGUAGUCUGUUGAUUUUUUUCAGGAUCUCUGAGCUGGUGAAGAAGGAGUGUGCUCUCGUGGAGCCUGAUGAAGAUGCUGUGUGGGAGGCAGACACGUACUGUGCUGCUCACAUCAACGGGGUUUGGGAGAGAGGACAGAUCUGCUCUGAUGUCAGGUCCAGCAAAACUGCAGAGGUAUAAAAACAAUUAUUCCUAAAAUGCAAAGUUUGACCUUCCCUUUAUCAAUUUUUCAGCUACUUCAUGAAACAUAUUCAAUCUUAAGUCUGUAUUUGUUUUUUCUUCCUCUCCGUCUGCGGUGCUGUACCAGGUGUUGCGCUGUGACCAUGGAAACAAGGUGAUGGUCCACAUUAGCAACCUGAGACCACUGCCACCCUCCUUGAUCGGUUCUAUGGCACUGGAGUGCACACUGACGGACAUCAGGUGACACACACUAACAUAAACCCCGAGCGCAGUGCUGCAUCAAAGUUCACAUGAACACCCAGCCUGUACUGAUGUAUCGAAGAGUCUCACACACACACACACAUAAAAACUAAGAGUACAUCUGUGUGGUUUGAAAUAACAUUAAUAUCAGUGCGUGUCUAAAAGUUGGGAAAGUUUCAGCGUUCCCUGCUAAUUCUGUCCACAGUGUGAAAGGUUUUAUUUUUUGUGUCUUAGUUCAUGUGAACGUUUUCAUUUUUAACCCUUUCUCGUCAUCUCUUAUUUCUCUUUCAGACCAGCUGGAGGCCUUUCCACAUGGACAGCUACAGCCUGUGACUUAAUCUCUUACUACUUGACUGGAGCCUCGGCUGUUAUGACCAUCAAGGUUGUCCCUUCCUUGUGUUUCUCAAAGUCAUUUCUGCAGCAUCCUUCUUCUUCUUCGCUGUACUCUUAAAGCUUUUUGUUGUUUUAUGUGACCUGGUUGUUAGUGAGCGUCUCCUUUCACAUCUGUUGUUGUCCAGGAGCUGAUCGAUGAGCGUCCACAACCCAUCACUCUGUUCCGCUCCAACAAGAGGGGACAAUUUGUCAACAUGGCAGACUUCCUGACCAGCGAGGGCCUCGCCCUCAGGGAAAGGAAACCGAGGUCAAGGUGUGUGAUCACUGAGGUUUCAUGGAUAUCGAGAGAAACCGGUCUAUGACAGCUAAGUCUCUCUCUCUUCAGGACUCUGUCUCUUAUUCCAGGGGGUGCAACUAAUGAUCCCUUUUAUCAUUUAUGAAGUGAUGAGUUGUUGUAGUCAUAAAGUGGCUUAAAAUGACACCUUCAGAAGCUUUCUACUUAUGGAAAAACUCAGAAGUGUUGUGCUCACUGUUUAAAGGAACUAAAAAGAAACCAAAGCCAAGAGGCUGAAAUCAUCUGACUACUUUCAACAAUAUUGAGUUCUUGUUUGAGACUGAAGACAUUACUGGACAUCCUUAUUGGCCGUGGAUUAUCAUCAUCUUUUUAUAAGAGCAUUAAACUUAUUAAAUACCGAAAGUCACAUCUGUGGGUAAUUUUCAAGCCGUUUCUCCGUAUUUUUAGCAGUCAGUCUCUGGAGCGAGUGAUUUUUGUUUUCUAAACCUCUGUUAUUUCCUGAGUGUGAGUCUCUGUCUUGCUGCAGAGAUGCUGGUGAUCAAAAGCAAACAAACGCUGAUGAACAGACUCCGGUGAGUGUGGCACAAACUGCUGGUCCUGAUGGAGAUAAGAAAGACGCUCCACCAGCUUCGCCCUUGUUCUUUCCUUUCCCUAAAUCUGUCAUUACCAACCCAAAGCCCGCACCUCGCACCAUCAUGUCUGCUAAGAAGGUAAGCACAAGUAUAUUCAGUCUUGUUUUAAAUCUAGGACUUUCCCAUCUUACCUCACAAUGCAUUGGUCUAUUGUAUAAAUUUUCACACUGAUAAACUUGACGUGAACUCUUUUUAUUCUGCAUUGUGUGUUUACAGGUGAAGACUCAGCUGUACCCGCCUCCAGAGCUGCCAUGCCUCGGGCACAUCCAGGUUAACGUGUCUGCCAUUGGAGACGAUGGCGUUAUUUACGUCAGGACGCAGGAUGCAGGUGAUAAUCAAAGCAAAUGACUACAUUGAAAAGUUGAUGGAGUCUUAUUUCUGAAAAAAAAUUGGGAGCACAAUUGAAAGACGAGCUUCAUGAAAAAGCUGCAGCCUUUGAAGUGAUGAUUUUUCUUCUGCCCUCUUGUUAGAAGACUCGAAAUGUUGUUUCCUUUUGUAGAAACAGAAAAUAAUCGAUCUAGUGCAUAUUGCAGUGGACUCCAUUCUGCCUAUAUCGCCGGUUCCAUGUUUUUAAAGUGUUGAGUAGCCCCUCUCCUCUUCAAAAGCUGUGAUCUUCUUGUUUCCCAAGACUCCAGUUUUUAACCCUAAAACCAGCGUGUGUCUUUCUCUUUUUAUCUCGACUGUGUCAUGAUGCAGAGAGGAAAGCUGCAGACGACAGCAGUUGUUAAAUGCAUGUCAGCUGUUUACGAUGCAUGUGCAGAUGAGUUUUUGUGUGUUGGACGUGUGUCAGAGUGCCAGCUGGAGCAGCUCAGGGAGAAGAUCAUGCAGAGCAUCAGGGGGUUACCCAGACAUCAGCUCUUCACCUGGAAGUCGGUGCUGGGCUGUGCUGUCAUCGGGUCUGACAUGCUGUGGUAUCGAGGACAGCUGUUGGAGGUGCUGGGAGGACACGUUAAGGUCAGAUCACACACAGAUCCUUUGUGUGUUACUUCUAGAUUGUAAUAUAGGGUGGGAGUCCAACACAUAAAUAAUCAAGUCCAAGUAGGAGAACCUCUUCUGUCACUUUAACUUCUGUGUUUUUUUUUUUUUAUAUGAAUGUUCAUGUCUGUAAAUUUUGUUUCCAGGUCCAGUAUGUGGACUACGGCCUGGUGGAGAGCAUCCCUGUGAUCCAUGUGUACCCCACGCUUCUGUAUGAGGAUGUUCCUCAGCUCUGUUUGCCGUGCCAGCUGCACAGCAUCAGCCCCGUAAGUGUUUGACUGUGUGUUUGUCAGUGUUAAAGAUCAGUGAGUUCAUACAAAUGAAUCUGGAUGCACAAUACCCUUAAGAAAAAGAGGCUAGAACUCAUGGAAAUUGGAUUUUCCUUCGACAGAUUCGGUAAAGUUUUUGUUCUUCAUUUUUCAUCUGUUUAUUCUCUCCUCGUCUCUGCAGGUCGGAGGUCAGUGGCAGAUAGAUGCAGUGGCCUUGCUGAGGGAGAUGUUGCUGAACCGCUGUGUAGAUGUGCAAGUCAAGGUAGACUCGAACACAAACAAUCGGAUGAAUGUACUGAGUUCUGGGUAAGAUUUAAUGUUUGUGCGUGCGCGUGCUAGGAGCUGCCAUCUGACCCCAGAGCACCGCUAACAGUUGAGCUCUAUCUGGACGGGAUGAGUCUCAGCAGGAUCAUGUGUCACCAUGCACACGCCUCUGUGGACCAAACAGCCUCCGAACAAAAGGUUGGUGUAUAUUUAUGUGUGUGUUUCUGCGUGUAAAUCAGCGUGUGGCGUCCGUCUACUGAGAGGAAGAGCUUUGCAUCACUAUGAAUGGAAAUCUGUUUGUCUGCAGAGACCCUACAUGGUGACUCCUCCACCUCUCCUGGAUGACUGGGACAUUGAUACUGAGGUAAGGCAGACUGCAGAGAUUACUGAGCAACAAUCACAACUACUCGCUCGCCGCUGUGUUAGACAGUCUCUUCCCUGGCCAGCUCUGUACAAACAUAGAACCAUUUGAGCUGGAAGUCACUGAGAACUGAUGCAGGUGUAUACUUCAGGGUCUGAGGGGCCCAGAGGAGCCAGCGCUGGGGCCCGUCAUCUGCCCGAAGCUGCCGCAGAAAGGAGAGCGAUUUAAAGUCAGGGUGAAGCAUCUGUGGACUCCUAAUGAGGUAACUAUCAACCACAAGAUAACCGUUUCACACGGCAAAAGGAAUGAAAUGAUGAGAUAGUAUCAUUACUAUAGAAAUGUACCAGGUGAGGUCUUUUGUUCGAUCUUGGACUUUAACUGUAACUCCUGACAGAGCUGAAAAUGACAUCACACCAGAGUUACUGGUGUUUCAAUUACCAAGUCAGAAAAAAGCAAAAUCGGAGGCCUGAAACAAGAUGGCGACAUUUAUGAAAGUUGAAAGUUAUUUUAGCACUUGGGCAAGUGGCAAGGCAAGUGCUAAAAUCGUCAUUUUCAGUUCGGACUUCUGACCUCCAAGGUAACUUGAACGCAGCAUUAAAGUCAGAUUCCUGCUGCAUCUGAGAACACCUGACCACCUCCAAAUUUUCAAUUUUUAACACUGAUUUUUUUUUUUUUAAUGAUCAUGAACUCUUGAUAAGAGAAACUUAGAUGGUGCUUUGAAACUGAUAGUUGUUCUUGCUCUGAAGAGAUGAUUUAAAAUCUGUGUCUGUGUCGUGCAGCUGUUCUUGUGGUCUCUGGAGGAAACAGAUGAUGUGAAAGUGGAUGGUGAGACUCUAGAUGAGGCUCUGACCAGAAUCAACGAGAACCUCGACAGUCUGCCACGACUCAGCAGCUUUCCUUACGGUAACAUUAAAAUGAUCUCAGUUUCAUUUUUAUAAAGACAAAUAUUGAUACAACAUUUGAGGAUACAGCAUCAGGUUCCAGCAAACAGACCAGCCAGGUUUGAUUUGUGGUUUCCAGGUGGACUGUGUCUGGCAGAGUACAGCGAUGGGAACUACUACCGAGCCAAGCUGAUGAAGAUCUCCAGCGUGGAACCGGUCAUGCUUCUGGUCCGGCAUGUCGAUUACGGCUCUGAUGACACUCUGCCUCCGAGCAAGUAUGAUCUUCACACUCUGCAGGAGCACACUUUUGUUUAAAUGCCAGCCUGCAGAUAGAUAAGAUACCCACAUGUGUCUGCUGUAAAGAUGUUGAUUUUAGUGGCCGUAACCUUUAAUAUUUGACCUUUUAUCAGAUCGUAUUGUCAUCAAGAUGAACUUUGUUUACAAAAAGGAAACAAAAUGCAGUUUUGAAGAAACUUGUGUCCCCUGAGGAAAUUAAAAUGUUCUUAUGUAUCAUUUAUUAAUCAGGUAAAACUGAUUAACCAGAGAAGACCCUUUAAAUGCUGAUUUAUUGCUGAUCAGUAGAUGGUGCUGUUGUUGCACCUGCAUUCUCUGAGAAUCCCUUUCUUCCUGUCAGGCUCCGUCAGAUGCCAGCGGAGCUGCUGAGCUUCCCGUCCCGAGCAAUAAAGGUUGAAGUCGCUGGUUUCAAAGCUCCAAGUAUCAGAACAGAGGAAGUCAUGCUGCCGUACAGCCCAGAGUGGAGCGUUCGGGCUACGAUGGCCAUGAUGGACCUGUUAAACGGCGACAUUACAGCCUACGUUGUGGUAAAGAAAUGACACAAAAGCACACAGUUGAGCUCCAUGAGGAUGAAAGUCAUCAUCCAGUUUCUUUGACUCUGACUUAGACUUGAUGAACACGUCACCAAGCACCAAGACUUUCUGACUAAAACAGGAAAUGGAAUAUUUUCUGUAGUUUUACACUUUGACCCUUCCUGGCUGAAAGUCUUGAUUCUGGUCUGUUCAGGCUCGGGAACCUGAGCUCACGGUGCUGCUCUACAAUGAGGAUGGAGAGCUGGUCCAUCUGUCUCUGGUGAGCAGGGGCCUGGCUGAACUGGUGUGAAGCAGAGCGAAGAGGCCUCCUCAACCCCCAACACGCUCUUUAGGUAAGUUUCCAGUUUUAGUCCAAACAUAGAAAGAGAGUCAUUUUAUCACAGGGUUGCAGCCUCAGAGACGAUCUGGUUUGGGCAUUAACUCAGUGCAGUGGAUAGAGUGACCAGCUGAAUAUUUUUAAACUGCAGUUUUGUGUCAUUUAAGGGUCUGUUAAUCGACUCCACAUCUCUUCUUUUUCAGGUUUACUUGUGGACUUCAUGUGUUCUUAAUAUAUAUUUUUAUUCUGUUGCACUGACACACUGCUGUCAGCUCUGUAUGUUACAAAAGACUUGUUAAACUUUUAUUAUGUUCCUGUAAAGCAGCGUUUUUAAGUUUGACUGCUGUGUUCGAGCUGCGGUGACUCUGUUUGAUUUUUCAGUCAUCUGAUUUGUUCUGUGAAGAUUAAAAUCCUCCAUAACAGACGAA